AUGAAGACCUCACUCCUAGCCUUUUCCAUCUUUUGUUUUGCCUUCACCAUAGAACUCUUCAUUGGCAUAACUGCUGCAGCACCAGAACCAGUGCUUGACAUCUCAGGCCACAAACUUAGAACAGGUGUCAAGUACUACAUUUUGCCAGUCACAAGAGGCAAAGGUGGUGGACUAACAGUUGCAAGCAGAGGUAACAACACAUGCCCACUUUUUGUGGUGCAAGAAAAGCUUGAUGUCUUUAAUGGCCAGCCAGUUACUUUCACACCCUACAAUGCUAAGGAUGGUGUCAUCCUAACCUCAACUGAUAUGAACAUAAAGUCUGUGACUACAACAACAACCUGUGUCAAAUCCUCGGUGUGGAGGCUUCUUAAAGUGUUUUCAGGUGUAUGGUUUUUGAGUACUGAUGGUGUUGGAGGCAAUCCUGGUGUUGACACAAUUGUCAAUUGGUUCAAGAUUGAGAAAGCUAUGAAAGACUACGAGCUUUCUUUCUGUCCCUCAGUAUGCAAAUGCCAGACUUUGUGCAGAGCAUUAGGGAUAUAUAUAGAUGAUGAUGGGAGUGGGCAUUUGGCUCUGAGUGAUAAAGUUCCAUCAUUCAGGGUUGUGUUCAAAAGGGCUUAAGUUCUA